AAGAAGAAGAAGAAGAACCAACGAAGAAGGCGGAGUUCACGAGUACGCAUGCGUACACAUCCAACAGUCUGUUUAGGCGGGUUUACCGUUGUGCUAACUUCAUAAAACUACCAAAACGGCUAAAACUCACUGCCGUCUGACCCCUGGUACUGAACCGAACUUUCAGGGCUCGGGUAGAAACAUGAAGCCACGCGGACUGCGCACCUGGAGCAGCUUAUAUCCGGUGGCCCUGAGCAACUGACGUUUGGAUCAGCUGUUCGCCAGCUUCCAGCUAACGUUAACUUCAUUUGGAGCGAAAGCAGCAGGGUUCAGUUGUUCCUCAACUGAAGAGGAAGAUGUCCCCAGUUUCCGAGGUGGAGGAAGGUGGCAGGAAGGACUCGGCUCUGUCCCAGGAAGACUGUCUGUGUCCGGUCUGUCUGGAGAUCUUCAUUGAGCCUGUCACCCUGCCCUGCACGCAUACCUUCUGCAAGAGCUGCUUCCUGGAGUCGGUGGAUAAGGCAACAUUGUGCUGUCCCAUGUGCAGAAAGCGGGUCUCCACCUGGGUCCGACAUAACAGUAAAAAGAAUACGUUGGUGGAUCAGGAGCUGUGGGACCGGAUCCAGACCUUCUUCCCUCUGCAGUGUCAACGCCGCCUGAGUGGCCAGGAUGUUGAGGAAGACGACCACGCAGUCCUCGUGGCGUUUCCCAGAGUCUGUCCUCCUGGAGAGCUGCGGCAGGAGUACGAGGAUCAGAUGACCAAGCUGACAGAGGAGCGGAGGGCUCAGGAUGAAGAGGAGAGCAGAGCAAGCGAGGAGCUGAUCCACAAGCUGCUGGCAGAGGAGCAGCAGCAGCUGGAGGAGGAGAGGAGGAGGAAGGAGGAGGACGAGCAGCUGGCCAAACUGCUGAGCAACCAGCUGAACUCCCAGGAAAACCUUCGUGUGCCCGACAUCACUCCGGUGAAGAAGAAGAAGAAGAAGGAGGUCAUAGUGGGAAACAUCGACAGGUUCCUGUGUCCCCAUCCUGCUCUGCCAAGCUCCACCCCCAACUUCAUCACCAAUAAGGAGAACAUCCUGUUGGAGGCGGAGCUUCACAUGGAGCAGCCCCGCCCACUGACAGAAAACCAGCUGAUCAGAUCGUCAUCAUUGAAAAGGAAGAGCUCCGAGCUAAAUGCUGCUGAGGAGGAGGUGACCACCAAACGAGUCCUGGUCUCCUCCUCCUUACCAGUGGAGGCAGGGCCAUUGCUUGACGGGGAGGUGGAGCUUCAGGUGAGACGGCAGCAAGAGGAGGAGGACCGCCGCCUGGCUCUGCUCCUUCAGAAGGAGCUCAAUCAGGAGGAGAGACGGAAAGUCACAGACCGCAGCAAAGGGUCUUCCGAUGCCUACCUGCUGCGCUACCAGAGAGGUGAGACAGAAAAGGCGGGGCCAUCACACGCGUCUACAGGAGGAAGAGGAGGGAGGACCUGUAAAACCUCCAGAAUCUCCUCACCACAGUCUGCCUCAACUGUAAGGACCUCACUUAGCUCAUCUUCCUCUUUACCAAGCAGAGGAAGCAAACAGACGACUCUAACGGAGAUAUUUUCACCUCCUUGCUUCUCGUCCUCCUGCUCAGCUGCUGCCCAAACAAACGGAAAAUAAAAGCAUUUUAUUUUGAAAGAGCUGCACUUCCAGCUGAAGUCUGAUUGGUCCGUUUCUGUAAACGGUUUUUGUUUCCUGGGGUUAGUUUGUUUUUUUGUUUUUGUUCUGUUGGGAGGUGUGUAAGGCCGGCAACUUAAUGGUUGAUUUUCUCCGAUUGUUCGGAUCAACGAAUGAGAACCUGGGGUCUGCUGAAGCCCCGCCCCCUCGGCUGCAUCAUGUUUUUACUGCAGAGGAAGAAAACGUCCUUGCUGCUGAAAUGCCCUCUAAAUGUGUAGCAACACUAUCAUGGUUAGGUCCUGCAGGGGGCGCUCUGAGCUGUUCCUGCAGAAUUUUCCUCCUUUAUUUUUUUCUGAUUCUUGUUCAGUAAAAAAAAGAUAAAAAUGUUUGAUUGGAAAUAAAAGUUCUGAAGAGUCA